CGAGCUCUGCCACCGCGCCAGGCUAACGGACUCCUGUGUCUGCACAGGGCUCGCCUGCUGACUCUGCCCUCUCGGGAAAGAUGGGAAAGGGCUACAAGGUGGUGGUUUGCGGAAUGGCCUCGGUGGGAAAGACUGCGAUUUUGGAGCAGCUUCUCUAUGGAAAGCAUACUGUUGGCUUAGAAGAGGGUGCCACAAUGGAAGAUGUGUAUUUGGCAUCGGUGGAGACAGACCGAGGCGUGAAGGAACAGUUACGGCUUUAUGACACCAGGGGUCUGCAGGAGGGCGUAGAAUUGCCAAAACACUAUUUCUCUGUCGCUGAUGGCUUCGUUCUCGUGUACGCUGUGACCAGCCUCGAAGCUUUCCAAAGAGUCGAGCUGCUCAAAAAGGAGAUCGACGUCUUUAGAGACAAAAAGGAGGUAACAGUUAUUGUCUUGGGAAACAAAACUGACCUCCUGGACCAAAGGCAAGUGGAAACAGAAGCAGCACAGCAAUGGGCAAGGGCUGAGAAAGUGAGACUGUGGGAAGUGACUGUGACAGAUCGGAAAACACUGCUUGAGCCCUUCACCUUCUUAGCUAGCAAACUCUCCCAGUCCCAGAACAAAUCAACAUUUCCCUUGCCUGGAAGGAAGAGCAAAGGGAAUAACUGUGAUAACUAAGCUACCUUAGCAUUGUCUGCUGCCGCCAAGUUACAGCCCUUUCUGUGCCAUUUGCUUCUCACAGUUUCACUUAAAGCAAUAAUCUCAUUCAGCAAUAAAUCAGCAAGCUUAUGGCUA